GCCUCAGAUGUUAACCCCUUCCUUCUCUAGUGCCAUUAGUACAAAGUCAGUGCUUUUUAUUAGCACUGAUCACUGUAUUAGUGGCAGUGGGGAUGUCAGUGACAGUUAGUCAGUCCCCCCCAGUGUCAGAAUGCCCACCGCAGUCCUGCAAUAAGUCACUGAUCACCUCCAUUACUAGGGUUAAAAAAAUUCCAGUAUAUAUACCGCCAUUUCUAGACGCUAUAACUUUCACGUAAACCAAUUAAUUUAUACAUAUUGGUAUUUUU